GGAGGAGGAGGAGGAGGAGGAGGAGGAGGAGGAGGAUGAUGACGAAGAUGAUGAUGGAAUAGAGUUUCGUGACGACGCCAAUCCCAACUCAAGUUAUCGGGAAAAGAUGCAAACUUUGUUGAAGUUAUACAAUGAUCAAAUUGGUGGGGAUCAUGAUGUCAUAGAUGACAAUUCUCAGCCGAGGAAGAAGAAAAAAUCGGUUCAAUUUCACAGUGACAGUGAUAAACUGAAUGUGGUGCAUCUCUUUCACAACGACAACAGAACUGGCAAUGAUGAUGAAGAUGAUGGGUGUUUGCCAGCCGUGAUACAUUUCAAGCAUUCCAAUGUGGAAGGUGACAGCUAUGAAGUUGCCGCAGAUAGUGAUGAACCGAUUAGAAGUCCCAGUGAUGUGUAUAGGUGUUUCGGGAACUGCGGCAAAGUUGUGAAAUCCAUUUUGAAAGCGCCGGAAAGGGGUGUGACGUUGGAUCCGAGUCUGGAGUGUCGUAGGGAGGUUGCAGCUAAACCAGUGUCUACUUCUACCAUUCAGGCUGUGAGUGAGGUGGUGGAACAUGAGACUGUUGCUUCUAGUAGGGAGGAACCUUCUAGACCAGUUAGCCGAUUCAAGGCGGCUAGACUUGCCGCUAGAAAGUGAUCUACUCUGCAGCGAGUUGAAGUCACAUCAGUCACAAAAUGUUGAUCAUCGCAUCAACAACAACUACAACAUCAGCAACAUGGCAGUAAUCAGCUACAACAACAUCAACAACAUGGAGCUCAUCAGUGGUUCAAUUCAGCACUAGGGAAGUGUCCACGUAACGUACCAACCAAUAUCACACUCUACAACUUACACUAUGAACAUAGAUGUUGUGCAACCUUAGUGAUGAAGCCUUAGUGUGUUUAAUCUUUAGUUUGACUCAAAUCAAUUAUGUGGAACUGACAAUAUCGUUUUUAUUUCACCUUAAUAUCACUUUAUAUCAAAUUUGGAUAUAAAAGUACGAAAUAUAGUUGGUUGCAUCAAACAAGACCAAACUCAUUCAAAUUUAAAUUAAAUUUAUUGUGCUCAUAAACUUUUCAACUGGUCAAGUCAACUAGUAUUCAAACAUUAAAUAAUAGAGAAGCUUGCAAAAUAUAUCAUAAUCUGUACUAUUUUCGUUCAUUUAGUCAUUCCAUUUAAUGACAACAAUUCGUAGUGGAAGAAAAACAGGCAUAGCACUGUAACUAUUUCUAACACACAUUUUAAAAAUAUUUGUUACUGAAAAUUUAGAAUCUCUUGAGAUGAAAUAAAACUAGGAUAGGCUAUCACACUAUCAGAAUAAUUCAUAACAAAAUUUGGAAAAUAUUGGGUUGUUUUGAACCUAUUUCAAAAAUUGUGUUGAUCUUGGCUGGUGCAACUAAGCUAUAGAAUGUCUCAUGAACGCUUUCCUAUACUGGCCACUGUACCUGUGCUGAAAAUAUUAUUUGUCAACUACAUCUAAUUUUAGUGAUUGGAUGAGGAUUUUUUAUAUUUCAUUCAAACUUUGGAGAUGCAAAUUAUUUGAUUUAUAAGCCCUUCGAUAGAUAAAUAAAUCUCUUUUAAUUUGCAAUUUAUAACAUUAAAACUUUGAUAGGCCUAAGUGAUUGUAAGUGAUCUAGCUUGUGUGAAAUAAACCAAGUUUGAAACCGGUAGUAUACUAACAAUGUUAUUGAUGAUUUUGGAGGAAAGUCUGUUGUUUUAAUGCAAUAUUAAAUCUUAUCUAUUCGUAAUUGAAAGGAAGUUUGAAUUUGAAAUGAUAGUUUUGUAAAGCAUUGUUCCAUAUUGAAAUUUCAAAUUGAAUUCACUGACUCUUGAAACUUUUUUCCAUACUAUUAUCAGCAGCAAUGAUUUUUUUUUGUUGUUUUGAAAUCAGUCAAUUUUUGUUCAAUCUUAUUGCAAAACAGGAGAUAAUUAGUAUUAGUUGCAUAGAAAGUACAUGAGACAUUCUGUAUUUCAUUGAGAUAAGUUUUUUUUUGUUUUUCAUAAAACUAUUCAAGCUAUUCAAAUGAUUUGAUGGAACAAUAUUUUCCUCUGUAUUUUGGUAUUUAUGAAAUAAUCACAUAGACGGUCAAGCAUGUGGAUAAGUGCGCGUGCGUUCGGUACACCUCCACCUUCAUAUCGGGUAAAAUCAAUAUUUUCAAUUAGUAUAUCAAAAGCAACUUCAAUCAACCAUGCAGGAACAGUUUUAUCAAAUUUCUUGAAAUCAAGUCCAUACAACAUCUUUUCUUUAUGCAUUCUAUUAAAUAACUUUCGAAACCCACCAGUGGCUGGUUCAUAGCCAUAAGCGAUGGGGGGGGGGGGGCGUGGAUGGUCUUGGUACCCCUGAAUUAAUGGUAAAGCAAACAUGGCCUCUCCAAAAGUCACAGUAGCUGGAUAACCCCAAACAGCUCGGACCUUGGUCUUGGUGACGUCACAGAUGUGGCUGCGAACAAAAGCACAACAGUCCGGGAAAGAUACCUCUUUGCCCAUUUUGACAAGGCGCCAGAAAAGGCGGACACGGCGGACUGCAUCUGGAUCUCGGAACUUGUUAAUCGAUGAACAAGUUCAUUUCCUGAACUUUUGAACUUGUUAAUCGAUGUUAGGUUGAAUCGACACUCCUUGACUGUUACUCAUUACUUAUUUAUUUUAACCCUUAAGUGCAUGAUUUCUUGUAUUUUUAUAAAAAAAAUCAUUUAUAUGGUAAAUAUAACGCUGAGUUUGGAAAAAAUAUUGAAAAAAUUCUGAUAUAUAGAUAAGAAUGUUGAUGUUAGUAGAAAUAUGAAAAAUACAUAGUUGAAAAAUGAAGUCAUAUAAAAAUAAAAAGUAAAAAAAUAAUCAAGAUAAUGCAGUCAGAUAAUCUUUCAGGGGUAAUGAAAGUCGAAGAAGCAAUUUCUGACUGGUGGAUUUAUGCAGAGGUUCACAUUGCAUUUUUACAUUUUAUGGAAGUCUGAUACUGGCACCCUUUUUUCUUACAGCGCUGCCUCUUGCAAAAUAUACCAAUAUGGUCCACUCCAUCAAUGAUUACUUUUUGGGGUGGGUAUUGCGGCUGCCACUCUUCUUCUUCUUUUCUCUUCUUGCUGUGAUGAGGCCGUCCUCGUUUCGGAUUGGUCUUCUUUCCCAUCAUGCACAGAAUUUGUGCAAGUUGUAUGCGGAAUUCCUUUUGUGAAAUUGGAGUUUUCACGCGAUUGAACAAAAUCCAUGAAUUUAUUAUCACAAGGUCCAAGAAGUGAUAGAAUAGACGAAUGUACCACCUUCUUGACUUCAUUCUUAUAUGCAAUCUGCCAAUGUGGCUGUCCAUCAGGUCGACCCCGCCCAUGUGCUUAUUGUAGAUUUUUAUCA